AUUUCCUGUUAACACGUAAACACCGAUAUCUAUGGUUUAUAGACUUUACGUAUUUAGGAAUGUUAUGACACUAACACUGGAGGUCAAGUCGGAGCCGUCGUUCAUCUAGAUAUAGAGUGAUUCUAGGUUGCUAAGUUGCUAGGAGCAACCUACAAGUCACACAUUGUAAGCACAAUGAAUGAUCCCUAUGAGUCGAGCGGAAUAGUGUCGAGAUAGACAGGUGCAUACGAUCAAGAUACGUUCAAGAAUACAAAAAACUUGCAGGCAUGUCGAUAAUUGUAGUAAACAAUAAUGGUACUCCUCAAUUAACCAUGGAGGAUGAUUAUAAUUUUUAUGAGACGGGUCCACUCGCGUGUUUCAAUGAUUUGUGGAUUGAGAACCAGAUCGGUCUUAUUUCUUAAGACAAAAAAAAGAUGUUAAAGCAUUUACUAAAUAACAAAUGGACACCUUAAGAAAAGAAACCAGUUCUCCGGCUUGAAACAGUUUGGCUUUAUCUUGAUUGCGGGCUAAGCAUGUUGGAAAGAAGGAGAGUGUGCUAUCACUCUAAACAAAGGGACGAUGAUACAUAAAAUAUCUACCAAUAUUUAGGACUAAUGAUAAAAUGAGUUAACGGUCACUGUGCUUAGAAGUUUAUGGACAAUAGUUUUUAGUACACAAUAAUGGAGUCGGUGUCUCGUGAGAUUGAUGAAAAUGCUAAUACACUUGAAGAAUUUGAAGAAGUGGUUAGAGAAAAACUCGGGGAAGUAGUUAGUUCAUUAGUUAACAAAGCUAUAGUUGAAGAAACUCCUUUUAAAUCAAAUGAUGCGCAUGUCGGGGAACAGAUAGUAUAUGAAUAUGAUUAUGUAUUAGAUUCAAGUAAAGUUUCCACUGAUGGUUAUGACUCUGGUAUAAACUCAGACUUUUCUAGAUCGAUUUCUGAAUCAAGAGAAACCUCUAAAGAGCCGGAUUUAGGACUUCUUGAUAACGAAACAAACCAGACAUUACAAUUUCAAAACAGCUUUCAUUCAAACGUAGAUACUGACAGUACAUUAGAUAAGGAAUUAAAUGAAUCAGAAGAUACGGUACCCAGUCACAUUGCGAAGGAUAACGUUAAUGAGGUAGUUAAGCAGGAGGUGACAUUACAUCCCGAUGUUGAUGAAGUUAAGGUGGAAUUAAGUGAUGAUUAUCAGGAAAGCGCUGGCAAGCUGAAUAAAGCAAAAACGUCGGUCAAAAGGAAAGCAAGAACUAAGUUGACAUGGGAAGAGAGGCAUGUUUGUCAAAUAUGUGGGAAGAAAUUCUCAAAUCCUUGCAACCGCCUUGCUCACGAAAAAAUGGUGCAUAGAAAUAUGCGUCAUAACAUUUGCGAAGUUUGCGGAAAGGGAUUCUACUCCUCAGCAACUUUAAAGAAACAUAUGAACAAGCAUACUGGUGAGCGCCCCUAUAAGUGCCCCAUUUGUAACAAAGGAUUCACUCAGCCAGGAAACGCUACCAGACAUAUGGAAUCCCAUUCGUUAGUGGAUAAAUACGAAUGUCCCAUCUGCAAACGAGGAUUUAAAGAAAAAGGUAACAUGAAACGCCAUGUAGAGACUCACAACGAUAAAAGACCUUACCCGUGUAAAAUAUGCUCUAAACCUUUUAGAUCAAGUUCUAAUUUGCAACGUCAUAUUCAGAUGGUACAUGGGAGUGAGAGGAAUUUCUUUUGUGAUCUAUGUAACAAGUCUUUCUCUUGUUCAGACAGUGUGAGGUUACAUAUGAAAAUUCAUACUGAUGAACGAAAUUUUCUUUGUCCGAAAUGCGGGAAGAGAUUCAUGGUAAGAGGAGCUUUGCGGAGGCAUAUGUCAGUGCAUGACGGUGAUGAUGUCAAUAAAUUCAAAUGUGGCAUCUGUGAGAAGCUAUACAAAACAGCCGAAACGUUAGCUUUUCAUAUGGUGGUGCAUUCUGGGAAUUAUACACGUUUUUGCCAUAUUUGUAAUAAGGGCUUUGCCCAAGCUAGCGUUUUGAAGCAACAUGUAGAAACACAUUCAAAAGAACGUCCCCAUGUUUGUCAAGUUUGUGGAAAAGCUUUUGCAAAGGAACAUACAUUACGGCGACACUUUGCCAUUCAUGGAGGAGAUAAGCCCUACGGUUGUGAACUAUGUGAUAAGAAAUUUUUGUACAGCUGGUAUCUUAAAACACAUAUGAAUGUUCACAUUGGCCAACGGUCACACGUGUGUCCCGUGUGUGAAAAGGGAUUUUCUAACAAGUUGUCAUUGAGAAAUCAUAUAAAAAUACAUACAGGACAAAAAGAUUUUAUAUGCAGGGUCUGUGAUAAAAGUUUUCGGGAACAGGGAAGCUUGAGAAGGCACAAGAAGAGCAAGAUUCAUAUACAACGAGAGGGAAAGCAAAAUUCAUAAACGAUAUUUAUAACGGAAACAAGAUUUAAUUAUAUAAACAUCGAGAGGUAAAACAAAAUUCAUAUACAAUGACAAUGGAAGCAAGAUUCACACAGAGAGGAAAACCAAAAUUCAUAUAACCUUAGAGGGAAAGAAGAUGAUCCUACAAAUAAGUGAAAAAACCUGUUUGUAAUAAGAUACGUUAGAUAUAUUGGAAAAAUAAUCAUUGGUCAACCUGUGAUCUGUCAUAACAGGUCAUAUUUUAGUGAUAGAAGUGUAAAUAGGAAAGAAAGAAAUCUUAAUACAGAGAAUAUAUACAUGUAGUUCUGUACUAAUUAGGAGAUGAACUUUAUUACAAGUUUGAUUGUAUAUUGUCUUUGCGAUUGCACAUUGUGUGAAUGUUUUGGGUUUUUUAUUGCUCAGUGUGUUUGGGAAUUUCUGUUAAAUCAUGCUUUGAUAAAGUUGGCGAUCUAUAUAGUUAUAAAGUAAAGCUAUACCAUAGAUAAAGUUGGCGAUCUAUAUAGUUAUAAAGUAAAGCUAUGCCAUAGAUAAAGUUAGCGAUCUAUAUAGUUAUAAAGUAAAGCUAUGCCAUAGAUAAAGCUAUGCCAUAGAUAAAGUUAGCGAUCUAUAUAGUUAUAAAGUAAAGCUAUGCCAUAGAUAAAGUUGGCGAUCUAUAUAGUUGUUAGCUAUGCCAUAGAUAAUGAUAUAUAUGUAUAUAAAAAUGUUACUUAAGAUUACGAGUGUUUCGGGCGGCCAUGUAUUAUAAACCGUCAGUAAAGACAGUCAGUUUAUUAUUUAAACAUGUUUGCUUAACUUUAUUGUUUUCUAAAGAUUAUUAGAUUGUCCUUCUAUACAUAGUUUAUUUUUAUUUUUUAAUCGCUGUUGCGUUACGGAGCGUUAUUAUCAUAUUGUACUGAAGUUGGUUUUGUAUGGUUCAGUUAUUCCGUAACAAUUCAUUAUUGUCAGUUUUUCGUUAAAUAGUUUUAUUCAUUCUGUUUUGUUUGUAUUUCUUGUUAAAGAGUUGUUGUUGCAAAAAAAUAGUAAAAUUGUAAUAUUGCAAACAGAGUUAAAAUUGCAAUGCGGCAAAAAUUGUUAAGUUUUUUAUUUUGCCAUUGGAGUCAAAUUUUACUGUUGCAAAUAAAUUUAAAUUGUUUUGUUACAAAUACUGUUAUAUUGUUUUGUUGCAAAUAGAGUUAAAGUGUUUUGUUUCACAAAAAGCAAGAUCUUUGCUUUUGUUGAGUUUUGUCUGAAGUUUUAUAGAAUGGUACACACUUUAUAAUUGAUUCUUGCUAGCUAAACUUAAUUUAUGGAAAAAAAAUUGAAUUGCCGCCAGCAAGAAGGAAUGGUCUAAAAUUUUCCCCAAAGAACGUUUUAAAGAUAAAACAUAAUGUGACAUUUAUCUGUAAAACGUAUUUUGUUAUACAUUAAUUCGGACAUAUUCAGCAGUAGGUAUUACUCUUUGAUACAAUGAUUCGUUUGUAUUCUACUUGCGGAGCAUAUGUCGGUAUACAGAAUCUAGGAACACUAGUUAGGUUAACUUCCCGCCGUUACAUAUCUGAAUAACGGCAUUAUACUCAAAGCAUACUAAACGCUUUUGUAUUUGUAUUACAGUUAAUGAGAGAGCAUUAGUUACUGAAAUAACAUUGAUUUUCUCGUCUAUAAUUCAAUUAAAAUGAGCGUAACCUGUAAAAUGAUAAUAAAAGUAUUUCUUUUAACAUUCCCUGCUUGUAGAGCUAAAAGAUGGAAAAAAUGUUUUUAUUUCUUUAGUAUUGUGACUAUAUUUCAUAACAUGAUAUAAUAAGUAUGUAACAUUCCAUGCUAAUAUUAUCAUAAUGUAACAUUCAGUUUUAAUGAUAAUUUUACAUUACAUGCUAAUGUCUAAAGGAUGUAAAAAUCAAUUUGAAUAUAUAAAUAACAUUUCUUGCUUAUCUAAUGAUGAUAUAAUAUUCCAUUUAGAUACAAGGAUGAUAUAGCAAUCCGUGCUGAUACAAUGAUGAUAUAACAUUCCGUGCUGAUAUAUUAAUGAUAUAGCAGUCCAUGCAUAGUUAAUGAUGAUAUAACAUUCCAUGCAGAUAUAAGGAUGGUUUAUCAAUCCGUUCUGAUACAAUGAUGGUGUAACAUUCCGUGCUAAUAUAGUGGUGGUAUAACAUUCCGUGCUUAUUCAAUGAUGAUGUAACAUUUCUUGAUGCUAUAGACUUGUGACAUAACAUUCCAUGAUUAUAUAGUGAUGAUAUGACAUUCCUUGUUACUAGUAAUAUAAUGAUGAUAUAACAUUCCGUGCUGACACAAUUGUUAUAUAGCGUUCUGGGCUGAUUUAGACAUGAAUUAGGAGUCCAUUUUUGCAUCAUGAUAUUGUAGCACUCGAUGUGAACACAAAAAUCUGGCUUUCCCGACGUUAUCUUUACAGUGCAACAUUUCAGUACCAUUAUUGAACAUUCAGUGCUACCGUAACAUUUAUGUGAAAUGUGUUAUGAAAUAACAAUGAUGUAAGACUUAUUGCUAAAUAAUGAUGUGAUAUUCCUUUCCACUGCCAACAUUUAAUGACAUAUCGUUGUAAUAUUAUAUCCAUGACGUAUAUUUUUGUUAUUUUUUCCUGCCACAUGUAUAUAUACACCGAUAAUGUAACAUUUUAUACUUACAUGUACCACUGAAAUUUCAUUAGAGGUGACGUAUGAGGCUUAACUUGACAGUUGCAAUUCAGGAGCUUCUGCUUGUGUCCGUGUGACUCUAAACCGAACAUAACUUGUUUUUGCCGCAAACUAGUGUUGCACUAACUGAUGGCAUCUCAAAACUCGAAAUAAUUUGUAUUUUGAUGAUCAUUUUUCUUUUCUCUGUAAGUUUUUCUAGUACAUUCACUGUUUUCUGUUAUUUUCUUUUGUCAAAUAAUUUCGUAUACCAGCUCUGAAUGUUAUCUAUAUGCUAAUUAUUAAAAGGUUUUAAUGAUAAAUAUAACGUAUAAAACUUCCUUGUAUGAUCUUAUGUAUAUUCUAAUUCUGUUAUAAAUUCAUGUUACGUAUUAUAUAAAUAAUUAUAAAUAUUUUGGUUUCACUAUACAAUGUAUGUUGGUCACAUUUUUAGCUCACCUGAGCCAAAGGCUCAUGGAGAGCUUUUGUGACCGCUCAAUGUCCGGCAUCCGGCGUGCGUCGUCCGUCCGUCAACAUUUCCUUAAAAAAUCUUCUUCUUGAAAACCACUGGGCAGAAUUACACCAAACUUCACAGGAAUAAUCUUUGGGUGGCCCCCUUUCAAAAUUGUUCAAAGAAUUUAAUUCCAUGCAGAACUCUGGUUGCCAUGGUAAUCAAAAGGAAAAACUUUAAAAAUCCCAAAACCACAGGGCCUAGGGCUUUGAUAUCUGGAGUGUAGCAUCAUCUAGUGGACCUCUACCAAGAUUGUUCAAAUUAUCUCCUAGGGUCAAAUACGGCCCCGCCCCGGGGAUCACAUGGGCCGUAAAAUGUCUCCCCGUACAUUCAAUCAGGGCUGUUAUAUUUCGAUCUUCUCAGAUCGUUCAGCACGACUUUUAUGUCGUGUUAUUAGUACUGUUUAGUUUCUCAACAUGACCAUUUCGGCCUGGGUGGUUCCAAUACUCCCGCUUUUAUAGCUUUGGGUAUUGUAUAAUCACCCCUUGUAUAUGGUGCCUGCUUUUUAAUUUUGUCUUUUGACAGUUCCUGUGAUACGCAGGCUCCAUAACCUCAGAUCCCCUUUCUAAAUUCCAGUUUGUUUAGUUCUGCCCAUUGUUUUCUCGUUUGGGACAAACCCUUUACUUUGUCUGGGGACCAAACGCCGCUCUUCAUGGAAUUACACGCCUCGACACAUGUAUCAUUGAAGGUUCCGUGUUCAUCGCCGUUUGAAUACAUCUGCGGAUGUCUCUAAAUUGCUUUUUAUACUUUUAACUUGUGUAAAUGUUGAGAUCUGCUCAACCUGGGGCUAGAGGGCGUGGACGGUGGCAUGCAUUUCCGCUACCGUCCAUGAACAGGCUCAAUCAAACCGAGCCUGCAACAUUUUCGUUUUUGUCGUGUUGGUCGACCUGUGAAGUUUCCAUUUUUCUCUAUUUUAUAUAGACUUAUAUAGGGAAAACUUUGAAAAUCUUCGUGUACAAAACCGCAUGGCCUAGGGCUUUGAUAUUUGGUAUUUAGCAUCAUCUAGUGGUUCUCUAAUAAGAUUGUUCAAAUUAUCUCCCUAGGGUCAAAUAUGGUCCCGCCCCGGGGGUCGCAUGUUUUAUAUAGACUUAUAUAGGGAAAACUUCUUGUACAAAACCACAUGACCUAGGGCUUUGAUAUUUGGUUUGUAGCAUCAUCAAGUGGUUCUCUACCAAGAUUUUUCAAAUUAUCCCCCUAGGGUCAAAUAUGGCCCGGCCCCGGGGAUCCCAAGUUUUACAUAGACUUAUAUAGGAAAAAAAAGUUUAAAAAUCGUCUUGUCUGAAACCACAACACUUAGACCUUUGAUAUUUUGUUUGUAGCAUUGUCUUAUGGUCCUCAACCAAAAGUUUUCAAAUUUUACCCCUGGGGUGAAAAGAGGCCCUGCCCAGGGGGUCCCAAGUUUUAUAUAGACUUAUAUAGGAAAAAUCUUUAAAAAGUUUCUUGUCUGAACCAUAGCACCUAGGCUUUUAAUAUUUGGUAUGAUGAAUUGUCUAGUAGUCCUCUACCAAAAUUGUUCAAAAUUAUGCCCCUGGGGUUAAAAGAGCCCCGCCCUGGGGCCACUUAGUUAUUAUGUGAGUUAUAUAGGAUAAAUACUUAAAAAUCAUCUGAUCCUAUUUCCAAGACUGUUUAAUUAUAAUUACCUGAUGACCCCAAGUAAUAUGAUGUCACUUGACUGUUACCUUGACCUACUGACUUACUUUCGUGUUUUUUAAGAUACAGCCUUGAAAUUUUGAUGACAUAUACAGUUUUGCACACAAAUCGUAAAACUGAAUUUCAUUGACCAUGAAUGUGACCUACUGACUUUCUUAAUAUUUUAUCAUCAGUUUGACAUUUGAAACAUGUAGCUCAUAUCACUCAGGUGAGCGAUCCAGGGUCAUCAUGACCCUCUUGUUAUUUAUUUAUUCUUAUUUUAGAUUUAUAUAUGUUUACCUAGUUUAAAUUGUUAAUUAAUGAUUGAUAUUUAUUACCUGUUGAGACUGAAACGAUUUUGUUACAGUACAUAACUUCUGAUUUGAAAAUCAAGAACGCUCAUAUAACCUAGCUUCGGUAGCCUAAUGGAUAAGACUCCUCCCCCGCAUUAGGGAGUUCGAACUUUCGAGCCCUGACAGAGGAACUCAGAAUUUUGAUUGAAUUAUGGCAAGGACCCUUUUAACUUUCAAAUCUUGAUUAAGUUUUCCGUACCAGUUCGUAUAUUGUGUAAACUGUUUGACAUAUGGCUUUGAAACUUUUACCACUUGUUUAUAACAGUCUCUAUCGGUAGGCUAGAGUACAUAGCUCUGUCAACUAUUUUGGCUGAAUUAGUCCUUUUUGGACUUGGAAAUUUGUUCAGUUUUCGUAAAAAUCCACGUUUGGUUAAAACUAUUUGCAAUGGGGCUUAGAAACUUUGAACACUUGUUCAUCUAUGUGAUCUCCACCUGUUUUCAAGGGUUUGUAACUAUGUCAAAGAUAUUUAGCUGAAUUUUGUGCUCUUUUUGGAGCAAGGCUACAUAACUAGGACAAGGAUUUUUGGCUCAGUUAUGUCCCUUUUUGAAACUAUUUAAGUUUUGCUUACCGUUCAAUGUUUUGUCUAAACUGUUUGAUAUAUGGCUACACAUUUAUAUAAUAUUAUCACAUGAUGCCAUAUAGUGCAAAAAUUAUCCUGUUCCACAAAUACAGGUACAUUGUCUGUCUAAUCUAAUUUUCUUCUUUUGUCUGAAAAUCUCUGUUAAUAUUUAAACCCCAUACUUACCUCAAGUCUUCGUAUAGUCAAACGCGUUGUCAACAGAGAGCUCUUGUCUUGUAGACAACUUUUUACAGACAAAACAAAACUACUCAAAUGCUGAAAUUCACUUUAUAUUAUCGUUUUAUUGUAAUAAAAAACAAAAGAAAGCGUAAUCUAAAUUUCGGAAAGUCUGCAGUAGUUCUGGAGGCUAGCAGCUUUCACAUUUUUAUAAAUGGUGUAUGAUUAGUAUCUGCAUUCGGAAAAGCUUGCUUUCUAACUUACUUUUUAUGUAGUUUUCUUUAUUAACCUUUGCAUUUUGGUUUGUAUUGUUUUGUUAGAUAUUUGAUAUUUUAGUCCUGAAUAUAUAGUGGAAAGGCGUUUUAAAUAUCUUUAUGAGCUAUUAACGAUUUGAAAGAAUUAAAAGCUCAGAUAAAUGUUU